GUCUUAUGCGUUAAAUACACAGUUUGUAUUGAUGUCAGCACAACAUCUGGUGUAGUGAGGGGUCAGACACUACAUGUGCUCAACUCAAGUAUUAACCAGUUUUUGGGUAUACCUUAUGCCGAACCACCCGUCGGUGCGCUCAGGUUCGCCAAACCUGAACCCAUCAAAACACCCAAACCGGAUGUGAUCGAUGGGACAAAAGCCAAGUACUCGUGCGUACAACAGACCAGUCCUAUCGGCGCUAAUGAGGACAACCAGAGCGAGGACUGUCUGUUUCUGAACGUAUGGACACCUAAUACGGGUCGCAGCGAAACACCCGGUGCUCUCAAACCGAUCAUGUUUUGGAUACACGGCGGAGGGUUUAUCGUUGGGUCCAGUUUUGAGUUCCCGCGCGGCAACGGGUCGGCACUGGCCGUACACGACGUGGUCGUCGUCACCAUAAACUACCGGUUGGGCUAUUUUGGGUUCGCAUACGGCGGCGAGCAGUCGACUGCGCCCGGAAAUGUCGGUCUCUGGGAUCAGCAGUUGGCACUCAAAUGGGUUAGAGAAAAUGCCGAACAGUUUGGCGGAGAUAGGGAUCAGAUCACGAUAUUUGGCGGCAGCGCCGGCAGUAUGUCUGUGUCGGCACACGUCUUAUCCCCGCUGACCAAAGGCCUGUUCCGGAGGGCUGUUAUGCAAAGCGGCGCUAUAUUUCACUACAAGGGUAGGGAAGGGGUGAGCAAAACGGAUCAGUUGACAGAUACUCAGGCGUUGGCCAAACGGUUCAAUUGCACGGGCGAUGAGUGGGUGCGGUGUCUGCGAGCGGUUCCGGCGAAAGACUUUCUGAAGUACCCGAAAGUGGUUCAGAUGCCACUCGAAGGCGACAGUGUUUUACCACUAUUAGCCCAAAAGGCAUUUACUAGUCAUCAGUAUAACACCGAUCUGGACAUAUUGUCCGGCAUUGUGCAGAACGAGGGCACUUCAUUGGCACAGAUGGUGGCGCCGGGCAUACAAAACAUGACGAUAACUGUCCAAAAAUUUACUGAAUUAGUAAACGCCUCGAAAGCGCUAUUUUACGGCCUAAACGAGACAACUAUUACCGAGUUUUACGUGAAACACGUCAACCAUAGCGACCCCCAGGCUAUGAGACAGGCCUACUAUGACUACUACGGAGAUGUAUUGAUUAAAUGUCCCACAUAUUUGUUUGCCAAAAAGUACCAAGAGCUCUCGGCGGGCAAAAGUAGUGCUUAUUUCUACGAGUUAACAUACCAGAGCAAGGGUAUAGGUUGGCUGUGCCCGGCCGGCCAGGUAUGUCACGGCGCUGAGGGUGAGUUUGUUUUCGGUACACCACUCAUAGCACCCGAGGGUUACACACAAAAGGACAUUGAUUUCAGUGUACGAGUGAUGCGAUUGUGGACUGAUUUUGCUAAAUAUGGUAAUCCCGAUAGUGUUUGGCCACAACUUAUUGAUAAAUCAAUUGUAAAAGUAAUGGAUUUAAAUCCAUCGACAGAUAAACACUUAUUUAUUAACCCAUUCAACGAUAUAUGC